AUGAGUGAGAAACAGUCGCCGGUCGGCAUUCACAAUUUGGCUUUUCAGAGAGAAGAUGAAACGGAACUUCAAGCGAGGUCGAGAAUCGUGCGAAAUGCUUUCAGGGAUGAGAAAAAUUGCAUUGUUUUGAAGGUGGACACGCAUUUCAACACGGAAAAGGGGGUGAAUCCGUUCGGAUUUCACUUCGAAAUGGACCCGAAACGCUACACGGAAAGGAAAAGGCAGUUGAAACGCGAAAGGAUCACGCGAUGGCUGGCAUGGAUUGCCUAUUAUCAUCACAAAUUCGGCAUUCGGCAUUUGAUAUUAGUGGCCGCAUUGACAGGAUAUGUUUUCGCAGGUGGAUUGCUGUUCAACAAAUUGGAGUCAAAGCACGAGUUAGAGGACCUGAAAACCACGCUUGUGAUGAUGCAGGGAAUCAUUCGCGAAAUGAGCGCUGAAGCGAUCAAUUUGACUCUUGUUGAAGUCGUUCAAAAGAACAAUUACACUGUGGGAAUGGACAAAAUGGGGAAAUUAAUAAAGCGUUACUACAAAGAAAUGCUCGAGGCGGAGGGUCGUUUUCAUGGAAGUGUUUGGCAUAAGGCUGAAAAUCUCGAAUUGCAUCUGAUGUGGUAUUUCUCGUCGGCCACUUUCUACGCAAUGACACUUUUCACGACGAUUGGAUAUGGUACGAUCACAUGUCAAACAUUUUGGGGACGCUUCAUGUCGAUCGUUUACGCAUCGAUUGGUAUCCCAUUGAUGUUGGUGACAUUGGGCGAUGUGGGUGAAUGGUUCCAAAAAGCGAUCACAAAAGGAUACGUGUUCUUGCUGAUCAAAUGGAAAAGCUUUCGAAAACAAAAGAUCAAGCGGCCACUCGACGAGAUCUAUUUGCCAAUUUAUUACGCAUUGGGCAUUGUCACAGUGUACAUUUUGAUGUGUACAAUGAUUAUCAAGGAGUUCGAUCGUCAAGAGGGCAACAAACCGGGCAUCGACUUUGGCUCAGCCUUGUACUUUGUUUUCAUCUCAUUGACCACGAUUGGAUUGGGAGAUGUGAUGCCAUACAAUAUUCAGUACUCUCCAUUCUUGGCGGCAGCGUUUCUACUGGGUUUAGCGAUGGUUUCGAUUGUGAACACGUCGAUUUACGCUGUUUUGUAUGAGAUCUUCUUCAAACAAGUUGAAAAGACGGAGAAUUGGUUGGAUCGGGUUCACAGUCGACACAAUAAACCCCAUGGAUGGAAGGUUUUUAAGGAUUUGGAGCCUUGCAUGAGAACAUUGGUCUGCUCAUUUCCACAUUUCGAAAAAUCGAAUCGUGAUCGAUUACUGACAAUGCUUGGCAAGAAAUACAAUCAACAAGAUGCUGUCGGGACGGGUCUACAGAGUAUGGUGGCAAGAACACUUUGGGCAACAGCUGGACUUCCACAUUUGAAUAAUGGAAUUGCAAAUGGUGAUGUAGAGCAGGGAAUUGUGGAAGAAAAAUCAACGGACGAUCCACAAGAUCCCCAAUCAAAUGGGGAUUUGGAGAAGCCAAAGAAGAAGGUUGGCUUCUCGAUUGUGAGAGUUCGAACCAAUUCGGAUUUGGCGGCUCACGAUCUAGAUCAUGAUCACGAUCAACCGGUGGUGAGUAGUGCAAUUUAUAAAAUGGAUAUUUAUCUAAAC